CCGGAACUGAGACUAAAGGCGCCUCUAGCCCAGCGAAAUCUAUCGUCUUGUUCCUCCAAGUGGAAGGAAAUGAAGUAAGGAAAGGAUUUGGAGGGAAGAGAGCUCUUCUUCCGGGAAAUGGAGGCCUCUGGGGAGCCCCCCAAGGCAUCUCAGAGAUCCUCUCCAGAGGCAGAUGUACCCGAGAGCUUGGAGCCGGGAGCACCUCCAGCCCAACCGUUGAAGUUGUCUUCCGCCCAGCCGGAAACAAGCAAGAGAUCUCGCCAAUCGGGCAAUCUCUGCUUCACGGGUGAGAAGUGUUUGUUUGGCUCUGAGUGUCCCUGGCAGCACAAUCUCGAGAAGUACAUUGCCACCAAGCCGCCGGACAUUGGAGACUGCUGCAUUCUCUUCUCGCUGUUCGGCAAGUGCCGAUUUGGGAUCGCCUGCCGCUUCGGUGGGGCCCACUCGGGACAGGACUGCCAGAACCCGGUCAGCAAAGAACUGUGCGCCGUGAAGCCGGACGUGAAGAACCAGCAUAUAGAUAAGGUCACUGCAAAGCCGGUGGUGUUUUACAAGUCCACGGACUACCUCAAAUGCCUCCGCAAGGUUGAAACGGCGAUGGGGAUACCCGAUCUUGAUUUCACAUCCGAUUCACUAUCAGAAAUUCCCCCGGUAAUGCCCUGCGAGAGUUCUCAGAAAACAGUCGGUGUCCUGACUGAUGAGGACCUUAUAAGGCUGAGGCCCUGCGAGAAAAAAAAGCUUGAUGUUCUUGGGAAGCUUUAUUUAUCCCCUUUAGGAGAGUGGGGCAACGUCCCUUUCCGGAGGAUUUGCAAGCGGUUCGGAGCAGACAUCACCUGCAGCAGUCUUCCUCAAAAGGUGUUCAGGUGGAACCUGGCGACAAUGAGAGAAUCCUUCCACCGCCAUGAAUCAGAAGACUUUUUUGGCCUCCAGUUAGGAGUAUCAUCAGCUCCACACCGCAUGAUCAAAUGCUCAGAAUACUUCAAUGACCGGAUCCAAGUGGAUUUCUUGGAGAUUAACGAUGGAGAUCUGCACACGGGCAGAGGAUGUGACUUAAUGUUGGAUCCCAUCAAAUUUGAACAGAUUGUCCGUGGCAUGGACUACGUGUCGAAUGUUCCUAUCACAGUGAAACUGAGGAGCGGCAUAUCCGCACAGAAGAAUCUGGCUCACACCCUCAUCCCCAAACUCCAUCAUUGGGGAGCCGCUAUGGUCACGCUUCACGGACGGCCAAAAGAAAUCCCAAUGAGUGAGCCAGCAGACUGGAACUACAUAUCACACUGUGCCCAGAUUGCCAGACCGAUGCCUCUUUUUGGGAAUGGAGAUAUUUUCUCCUUUGAAGAUGUCAUAAAAGCCAAGGAAACUGGCAUUUCGGGGGUCACGAUUGCAAGGGCCGCCUUGGUGAAGCCGUGGAUCUUCACCGAAAUCAAAGAGAUGCGGCACUGGGACAUCUCCGCUCGGGAACGGCUGGACAUGCUCAAAGACUUCACGGCCUAUGGUUUGGAGUACUGGGGAACCGACACGAACGGCGUGGAGAAAACCCGGGCCGCCCUCUUGCAAUGGCUGUAUUACCUCUGCAGCUACAUUCCCGUUGGGUUACGAGAGCACUUCCCUCCACAAUCCGGCGACGAACACCCUUUGUAUUUGUCCGGAGACUACUUGGAAGUCUUACUGUCAAGCCAAAAGGUGACGGAUAUGGUGAAGAUCAGCGAGAUGUUUUUGGGUCCAGUCUCACCUGGCUUCACCUUCCCGUUGGAACACGAUGAGAACGGCUACGUGCUGUAGUGGAAGAGGGAAGCAAACCGUUUGAAAGUACUACAAAUGUACAUGUCGCAAUUAUUUUCAUUCUCGUCGUUAAUUAAAAUUUAAUCUUGUGUA